GUGAUCCAUCAUACUUGAUAAACGUACCCGCAAACAUCAUCUACAUACAUAUAUAUAUCUAAGUGCUACCGUUGACAAAAAAUUUGCUAUGUUAAGUCAAAUUAUAAAUUGCUUUUUUGUAAAUUAUUUUGCAUCAAAGUCUUCUCGUGAUAGUCCAAAAAUGUCAUAAAAUAUCAACAUGCGACGUCGACCGUUACCUGUUCGGGAAUCGAAUUCCAAAUCGUGGCGCAGUUUGUGUGAAAAUGAAUGGGCGAUAUACGCUCUUGUAGCUUCAGUUGGUGCUUUGACGUAUUCGAAUAGUUUGAACGGUGAAUUCGUACACGAUGACAUACCCGCUAUCGUGACGAACGGUGACGUGACGGGUGCGAAUCCAGUACUGAGGAUAUUUGAAAAUGAUUUCUGGGGCACGCCGAUGUCUGAUCCUGGCAGUCACAAGUCGUAUCGACCGCUCACUACACUGACGUUUAGGCUAAACUACGCCCUAUGUGGGCUCUCGGCGUGGUGGUGGCACAUGUGCAAUAUCGCGCUGCACGCCGCGUGCUGUGCGCUGGUCGCGCGAGCUGGUGCCGUUGUCGCAGGCCUGCAGAGACCAUUUGCCGCCCUCGCUGCACUGCUGUUCGCCGUGCAUCCAGUUCACACUGAAGCGGUUGCUGGAGUGGUGGGUCGUGCUGAUGUUUUGGCUUGUGUUUUCUUCCUCUUGUCUCUUCUACUUUAUCAUGGGUCGACAAGCAGGAGAAGAGUUUGGUCAAGCGUGGUCCUGGCUGCUCUUAGUAUGCUGGCUAAAGAGACAGGACUAACAGCACUUCUGUUCAACUUAGCUUUUGAUAUAUACCGUAGUUGGAGCUCAUUAACAAGGUCACCGGCGAAAUGUCGCUGGAAAAGUGAGAAUGUUUGGGGGAGAGUAGGAAAGGGCUUAUUAGUUCUUCUGCUGUUGGCAAUAGCUAGGUUAGCUUUGCUGCAAGGAUCACUACCAGCUUUCUCCGCACAGGAUAAUCCUCCUGCCUUUCAUCCUUCGAUUACAAUCAGAUUGAUGACCUUCUGCUAUUUAGCGGCGUUCAAUUGGUGGUUGCUGCUUUGCCCGUGGACUCUUAGCCAUGACUGGCAAAUGGGAUCAAUACCAUUGAUUACUAGUGGGUGGGAUCCAAGGAAUUUGGUGACAUGCGCAGCAUUGAUAGCACUGCUUGCUCUGUCUUAUAGAUGCCUAAUGGACUUAGAGCUUCAGCGUCACACGCCUCUGGUGGUUGGUCUGAUGCUCUUAGUGAUUCCUUACCUUCCUGCUUCCAAUAUGUUGGUCACCGUCGGCUUCGUAGUAGCUGAACGAGUACUCUAUAUACCAAGUUUUGGUUCAGUGGUGAUCACGGUCUAUGGAGUUCAGCUGAUCUGGAAGCGAGGAGCGGGAGGUCGCAGGUUGCUGGUAUUGAGCUUCGUGGUGCUCGUUGCUGCGAGUGCUGCAAGGACCUAUCUGAGGAAUCGAGAUUGGAGAACCAGGGAAACGUUACUUAAAGCUGAUCUUGCGGUUCUGCCACAUAACGCGAAAUUACAUUACAAUUUCGCUAAUUUCUUAAAAGACGUCGAACAGCAAGAAAAUGCCAUCCAUCACUAUAAGGAAGCACUCAAAUUAUGGCCAAGCUACGCAAGCGCUCACAAUAAUCUUGGCACGCUGGUCCUAGCAUCGGGGCGAGCCGAACACCAUUUCCUCCAAGCGUUAAAGUAUAACAGAGACCACGUUAAUGCUCAUUAUAAUUUGGCUAAGCUUUACAGGAAGAAGAAUCGAAUAGCGGAAUCUUUGAAAAUGCUAGAAAGAUGCAUAUCAUUAGAACCUCGUUUCGUCCAAGCACAUUUAGAGUUGUUGCACAUCACUCCUGAAAGUGAAAAAAGAACGACUUUGGAAAAAUUAUUGGAUUUGGAACCGAAAAAUUGGGAGCAUUAUCAUCUUUAUGGAAACUGGUUAAAAGGAAGAGGUCUCUGGCCACUAUCACUCGCCUAUUAUACAUCAGGUAUACGGCUAUCACUCGACAGAGAUGGCGAGCGUGGCGCAUUGCCUUCUUUACGCGCAGCGUGCUUAAUAUUGAGGAGUGCGGGCCAAAGAGCUAGACUGUUGCAACUUCUUACAAGAUGGCAAGGCGCCGGCGGCGGCGCGGCGGCAGCGGAGCGGCGGCGCGCGGCGGCCGCGGCGUGGCGCCUGCGCACCGAGCUCGAAGGACGGGCUGCGAAAUACGCACGAGCGCCGUUGGUAACAUCGACUUGCCUUCAUCACAGCCAGCUCGAAGUCCACGAGCCAGAUGCUAAGCAUCCAAUAGUGAACGAACAUUCCAGAACAAUUGUUCCUACUCUAGACGAUAAAUUAAGUUGCCAAAAAAAUGCUUACAAUAAGAAAAGUGUAUCCAUAUCUGCUCAGUAUAAACCUAUUCAUAAUAAAUCGGAGGCUGGUAUCAAACAGAAGAGUUGUCCUUUGCAUAAGAAGAAGAAAAUGAAAGAUUCUGAUACUCUGCCCUACGUGUCCGAACAUUUGAUAAAGACUUAUUAAUGUAAGAUUUAAGUUAUAUGCAAGUAUCAAAUAGAUAAUAUCAGCUUAGUAAAUAACAUUCAAAGUUUUUUAUUUUUAAAAUAAUGUACAUCAGAUCACAAACCCAUCACUAAUAUAUCAGGUAAAGAGUAAGGUGAUAGAUAAUAAAAAUUCAUAAACAAUCUGGGGGUACAUAUUACAAAUCAUAGCACAGAGUGCGCUUGUUUUCGCGACGAGUGCGUUUAUUUAUUU